AUGUCAACAAUCAAUGAAAGGGGACCGUCCCAAUCGACGCUCGACAUCCCUCAGCCACACUACCAACAGCAACAGCAUCACUCCACGUCAAGUCUCGAGAUUCCACAAAUUACAACAAUUGACCAUAAUGGCCAACAGUAUGACCAGCAGCAGCAACAGCAAAAUGACACACCAAUGAUGGUUGGCAAUGGCGAUCAACUUCAGGUGCCCCACGAGCCCAGCCCCUUCCACGCGUCCAACGAGCGACACGUCCACUACGAUGCCAACCCCAAGGUAUUCUUCCUGCCCCCAGACAAGCCCUCAAAAGUGAUCGUGCAUCACUUUAGCAACUCAAUCCUCUCGGUGUUGCAAUGUAUAUUCGUGCCGAUGAUCACCACCUAUCUGAUCAUGCUCAUCCCGGUUGGACCCAUCUCCAACGGAUUCCUCAUGAACUGGGUCUACAACAUUGUCUACAUCCCCGCUGUGGCGCUGUCCACGUCCAUCUUCCAUCUGGGCUGGGCGGGCGCCUUCAUCAAGGACUACAAGCACAUCUCACCUAUCUUCAUCCACACGUUCCUCUGCUCGCUGACCUUCUCCCUAAUAUGCCAACUGGUCAAUUCCAGAUGGUAUCCAAUUCCCGGCUACAUCCUGAUCAUCCCCAUCCUGAGUCUGCUGGUGCUGCCCGCCAUCAUCUACAUCCGCUCCAAGGAUCGCUUCACAUCCAAACUCAACCGUCCAUUUGGAAAGUAUGUCCUGUUCAUCUUCCUCUGCCUGCUUGUGCUGGCCAUCUCGAUGACCUUUGUCAUCCUGUUCUCAUUCCCCACGUACCAGCUGAUCGUCGGAGUAAUCUACUACCUGCUCAUGUUCCUGCUGUGCCAGGGCCUGGUGAGCAUCACGCGUAACAACACGCCCAAGGGCACACACAAUGUGAUCUGCUACUGGGUGGAGACCAUCUCCGAGUUGGUGAUGUGCUACAUGUUCAUUCGCAUCCUGCCCAUGACAUUCUACAUCCUCCUUGCACUCAAGAUCAUUGUAUUAUUCAGAUAUCCACUGUUUAUGACUGAGAAGUAUUGGGAGUGGCGCACCAUGAUCAAACAAAAGUUGGACAAAGUUGAUCAAGAAGACUGGUUCAACAGCACCCAUCUAGGAGACAAGAUCAUCUAUGGCUUCCUCGGUUGGUUCUUCCCAGUCUCUGUCGAGCGUGAUGAGCACAAGACCCGUGUAGUCGACAGAUUCUUCUUCACAUGUUUGUGUUACUGUGGAGUUCCAUUGUUCUACAUGGUGUUCACUAUUGGUAUUAGAUGGAGCCAUGUGUCGGAUUACUAUGCCUAUUCAUUGUUGUCAGAGAAUGCAUAUAUUUGGUUGCUGAUAUACUCGUUGUUCAGUAGUUUCUUCACGUAUAUGUCAUUCCUGGUGAUUCGAUAUAUGUUCCAGGUGUACUUCCACCUGUCUGUAAUCAACCAUCCAAUGAUCUCACUCAAGAACAACGUCAGAUUGAUGAUGUACUGUAAUUUUAGCGCCCUACUCCUGCCCGUCACCUUUAUGAUGAUGCAAAACAAUGUCUACUUCCUGGUCAACAGAUAA